UAUAAUUCUUGAGGUCAAAAUUAAUAUACCACAACCAAAACAAGCAUUUCUGAUCUGCAGCUAGCACAGAAGCUUAGCUAGCUAGAUAAUUGACAAACUUCUAACUAAACAGUACAAGCAAGCGGGCCUGAGUACCAGUGUACAGGAUGACUAGUCUAACACUACCGACUAUUGUAGUUGUAUUACUGUCACUAGCAACACAAGGCUACUGUGCUGUGGAUGCUAGUGUAGAUAACGUGAGUCCAACACCUAACACCACCAUAGCAGAGCUGGUAGGGCCUGCUAGUCUCCGGUUCAACUGUGAUAUCUAUGAAGACAGAAGUGGGAAUGAUACUCGAGUAACAACUGCUUGGUUCCUACGGUUUCCUUCAAAUCCAGAGAAUCUGUUUGUUAUACAAACUGCAGCUACACACCCUGAGUUUAAUAUAAGUGGAACUGCCAGACAGGGCGGUCCAUUCCCAACGUUUAGAAAUAGUCUGACUCUUAUAAAUAUGACGAGUGCUCUGGAUGAGGUUUGGUUGAUUUGUGGCCAUUCAGCUCAAGGAGUCAACGAUCUGGCCAGGUGGAGACUCAGAGCAUACUACCCCCCACAGCUUAGUAAUGGACGGGUGAUCAAAGUGGAUGAAAGAGACGGGAACAUCCCAGUGGAUAUAGCCACACCCCCUCUAGCCUACCCCACCCCCACUGACUUCCAGUGGACUAAAGACGGGGUUACUAUACCAACCAGCCCUCGUGCGACUUUCAGCUACCCCAGUGUUCUAUUCAACAGUCUAGAGCGAAGUGAUUCCGGGCUCUACAGUCUGACUGCUACCAACCACCGUACUGACAAUGGAGUAGCUAUUGGAACUGGCCAGGGCAGCUUCACUCUGGAUGUACUAUUUGGCCCUGACAUAGUUCCCAGCACACAGAUAUACUCAGCUGUGGUUGGAGAUUCUAUUACCCUAGUGUGUGGUACAUCACUGGAGAGCAACCCCAUGGCAACCAUCGCGUGGUUGGACCAAUUGGGGCUCCCUAUUCCAAAUGCUGGCCGCUACACUUUCAACAAUGGCACGGAGGUGAUCAGUCUUGACUUUAGUUUUACGAGGGCUGGUGAUAGUGGUGUGUGGGCGUGUGUGCUGGGCGUGAGUGAUCCUGAUGUGAUGGUGGCCAGUGGCGGACAAUUGGUAUCCAGGGACAACAAAGAGAUCGGCAGCAGAACCAAUCAGAUCACACUAGUCAUUGUUGUUCCCCCGUCUGAGCCACAAGUGGUAGAGGUCCAAUCUCAAGCCACCAACGCCACACUAUCAUGGACAAAGCCCUCGGACGCUGGUCAGCCCGGUAUAACAGCCUAUCAGAUUACAGCCGAUGACGGCAUGGUCACGCCCAUAGUGUACACCUCUAGUGAUAACCUCACAGAACAGACAAUCACUGGAUUGUUGCCGGGGAGGGAGUAUCAGUUCACUGUACGAGCUGUGUCUUCCUCAGGGGAUGCUAUGGCUCUUAGCAACGCUAGUCUCCCGGUGUUUGCUAACACCUCGACUACUGUACCUGCCCCCCGCUGUGAUUCUGCCGUCUCUAACAAUGGUGCUAUCACGAUCACCUCGUCACUCCUCCACACUGGUGGCCUCCCGCUAUCAAGCCUCACCAUAUCCUAUACUUACACUGAAGGCCUGAAUGUGGUGCAAGGUGGACAGCCAGAGAUGGUGUCUAGUGAUGAAACAAGCCAUUCCUUCCCUGGCCUCAUAACAGGGUUUGCGUACACGUUCAGUGUGACAGCUGUGAAUACCGAGGGCACUGCUGUGGCUGUGUGUACUCCAGUGGACCAUCUGAUUGGUAUACCGAUGGAGCCUAAGCAACCCACAGUGACUGCCGUAGGCCCUAAUUCUGUCGAGGUUACCAUGGAGACGAACUCUCCGGGAGUACAGGAAGGAGCAACCUUCUACUACGACCUUAAAUACGCAGCAUUACAGGACGACAGUGUCAUGGGCAGUGUGGAGGUAGAGGUGUCGAGAGGAGGACCUAUUACUCAACGUGUGGAUGGGCUUAUGCAAGGUUACAUAUACGUCUUCAGCGUUAGAACAAGAAACACAUUUGGAGAGUCGAGAUUUGUGACGUCCGAGCCUCUUAACUUCAAUGGCACAAUGGCCGCCCCCUCCGCCCCCAUAGGUGCUAUAGUGGGUGGUGUGGUGGGUGGAACGGUUGUGGUGAUCAUCAUCCUCCUCAUCGUGGUACUACUGAUCCUGUUUGCCAAAGCUAGAGAGGGAGGAAGCUAUCGUGUUAGCAACAAGAGAGCAAGAAAUUUAUAUUUGAGUGCAAAUGAAACAACUCGCAUUGACAGCUCUGCUGGGGUUAAGGUCGAGGAGGUUCCAUUGGACGUUGGAAUACCACUAGAAGGAGCGCCAAAAGAACUUCACUACGCUGAUUUGGAGACCUUCCGUUCUCCGAGUGCCACGCCCUCUCAAAAGAAGCCCACCUCCCCAACCACAGCCACAGAGGAGAGGGUGGAGUACGCUACAAUAGACACGUUCAAGAAGCAUCCCUCACAAGAAAACGAGGUCACACCCGACAAUGACCGCCCUCCGCCCAAUACAGUGUAGACCACACCCCCUUAUGAUUAGCUGGUGCAAACUAUUGUAAUUUUAAUCACUCAUUUUUUAACAGUUAGUAGAAAAUUAUUUGUAUACGUACAUGUGUUGUGUUAAAUUUUCUUUUAUUUUAAAUUUUAAUUCCCUUAUAAAUUUGCAGCGAUGAAUAUUUUAUAUUGCUAUAAUUAUAAUUAUAAUUGCAGCAUUAUUUUAUUAUCAUUAUGUUGUGG